AUGGGCAAUAUCCUUCGGAAAGGUCAGCAAAUAUAUUUAGCAGGUGACAUGAAGAAGCAAAUGUUGCUAAAUAAAGAUGGAACACCUAAGAGGAAGGUGGGCAGACCAGGCAGAAAAAGGAUUGACUCUGAAGCUAAGAGUAGGAGGACUGCCCAGAAUAGGGCAGCUCAACGAGCGUUCCGAGAUAGGAAAGAAGCCAAAAUGAAGAGUUUGCAAGAGAGGGUAGAGUUACUAGAACAGAAAGAUGCGCAGAAUAAGACUACCACGGACUUUUUACUAUGUUCUUUAAAAAGUUUACUGUCGGAAAUUACAAAAUAUAGAGCUAAGAAUUCUGAUGAUGAAAGAAUAUUAGCCUUCCUCGAUGAUCUGCAAGAACAACAGAAAAGGGAAAACGAAAAAGGAACAAGUACAGCAGUUAGCAAGGCUGCAAAGGAAUUGCCAUCGCCUAAUUCAGAUGAAAACAUGACUGUGAACACAAGUAUAGAAGUACAGCCGCACACUCAAGAGAAUGAGAAAGUUAUGUGGAACAUAGGCUCAUGGAACGCUCCCAGUUUAACCAAUUCGUGGGAUUCUCCCCCCGGAAAUCGAACAGGUGCCGUUACCAUCGGUGACGAAAGUAUUAAUGGUAGUGAAAUGCCAGAUUUCAGUCUCGAUCUUGUCUCCAAUGAUAGACAGACUGGUCUAGAAGCUUUAGAUUACGACAUUCAUAACUACUUUCCUCAGCACUCUGAACGCCUGACCGCUGAAAAAAUAGAUACGUCAGCAUGUCAAUGUGAAAUUGACCAAAAGUAUCUUCCAUACGAGACAGAAGAUGAUACUUUAUUCCCCAGCGUGCUUCCCCUUGCUGUAGGGAGCCAGUGUAAUAAUAUUUGCAACCGCAAGUGUAUCGGGACCAAACCAUGUUCAAAUAAGGAGAUCAAAUGCGACUUAAUAACAAGCCACCUGUUGAAUCAGAAAUCUCUAGCUUCGGUGCUUCCGGUGGCUGCUUCUCAUACUAAAACAAUUCGAACCCAAUCUGAAGCAAUUGAACACAUUAGCAGCGCCAUAUCGAAUGGAAAAGCGUCUUGCUACCACAUUCUCGAAGAGAUCUCCUCCCUACCAAAAUAUUCAUCGUUGGACAUAGAUGAUUUAUGCAGCGAAUUAAUAAUCAAGGCAAAAUGUACAGAUGACUGCAAAAUAGUAGUCAAAGCUCGCGACUUACAGAGUGCUCUGGUUAGACAGCUCCUGUAG